AUGUCUCUCUUACCGACUGAAGGCUCGCCUGCUGCGAUGCAUAAUCCAGACGCGCCUGGACAGUGUGCCGCAAACAUCAAUCACCAAGAUGGCAUCAUUCUGCGCCAGAAUGCCUAUGCUGACAUGAGACCUUUCAUCGAACACCUCUGGGAAGAUCGCCGCGCCAUGUGCUGCAACAUCUAUCCCGACCAGUUUCCGCGCGGCACCGCCGACAAGGGCGCCACUAAGGAGGAAGAAGACGCAUUUCUGCUUGGCUAUUUCCCUGAACGCGACCUCCACCUGCAGGGCGGUCGAUUCCUGAAACAAGUCCUCUACGCCAUCGCCAAGUUCAACGAAGACAGCGUCCUUUCUCAAGCCGAGAAAUGGUGGAAAGAAUACAACUUCUGCUCCAGCUCCGGCAUGGACGUCGCGCAAAUCAGACAAGUUCUUGACUUGCAUCAAGCACCAAACUACCCCGAGUCUUUCUUGGGACGUGUCGUUCUUCUCAUCAGUGAUGGUUUCAGACGCUUUCAGUCUGCCACCGCUAACGACAUGGAGCCUGCUCCCUCUUUGCAAGAAGUUGUGCCAGUCACCCAGAACCACCAUCAACAUCAGCAGCAGCAGAAGCAGAGACCCAGAACUGGCUCGAUUCAAGGCACCUCGCUUCUUCAUGGCCAGCAACAGCAGCCAUACAAUGCCCGUUCCCUUACGCGCCAAUUCCGCGGUGGUCGUAACCGUCGUCCAUCGAUGAGCCCCAUGAUAGCACCCAUGCGGUCCAGCUUUCCUGAUUUUGACGCCAACAUCAGCUUUAUCGAUGCUCAACCCUACCAACCAGUCGGAUUUCCACCUGAUGGGUACUAUCCGCCUCCAAUGUUUAUUCCUGUCCCCGACACUCGCAUGCAUCCUGGACCUGAUACUCGCAUACAUCCUGCCCCUGACUACUACUAUGUCGAAAGCGAUGAUUCGCAUAGACGCUCUGGCUCAUUUGGCCAGCGUGGUCAUCGCCUCCCUCCCAGACUGGAUCCGAAUUCCUUCGUACGCUUUAGUGACAACACUCAGCAGCGCUCCUCCUACCCCACACAGUCCUACGGCCAUAGAGGUGGUCACCGCUCUUCCUUCAACAACCCCAACAGAGCACGUCGAUCUUCGUUCCGCUCCGGUGAUGCGUGGCAAGGACCUAACAGGGAGACCAGGUCGUUUGAGAGAAGAAUCUAUUCUGACCACCGCGGCUAUGCUCAUCCAGCUGAGCGUGAGCGCAACCACGCUAGAGAGAACCGCCCUCAUUCAGACAUAACUGGAGACCGUCUGGAGGAACCCUCACCAACUGACACCAAACUUACUAUGGAGUCUAGUGAACAGACCUCCUCCACUCGAGCUGUUCUGCCGUCACUAUCCGAGGACGGCUCUAUCGACAAUAGCUCCCCGAAGACGGCUGAAGAUGACAGCUUCCAGACGGCUGCCGAGACUCCCACAGCAACUCCUACUGAGAAAGUAUUGUGUAAAGGGGCACAGUCUGAUCCACACUCGCCCACUGUUACCAAUGAGAGCGACGAAGAUGCUGCUUCAGGUGCUGCCGUCGAGGCCUCUCCCACAGUGACCCAUACUGAGGAGAAACUUCACGGUAGAAACGCAGAGUCUAUUCCACAUUCACCUACGAGCACCACUGAGAGCAGUGAUACUGCAAGCAUGCCGAGUAUUGUUCAGCAGUUGACUGCAGUUGCACACCACGAAUCUCAGCUUACAGCUCCGAGAUCAGGUCCGAAGCAGACCGAGUCUUACAGUCCUUUUGCACGUCGAGCAAACACAAAGAAGAAGGACCCUAAACAGAAGCUAGGCAAAUCAAAGAGCAAGACCAAGCCUGAGCAUGAGCCAAAUCAGUCGAAUCAAAUCAUGGUCGACACCUCGGUGGGCACGAGUUCAGAGACUCGCGAGGAGCAAUUCGAAAGUCAUGAGUUGACUGUCAACCCCGAGGACUCAGAUCACUCAUCCACGCCCGAGGAUCCUGAUCACUCAUUCACCUCCGAGAACCUGGAUCGCGCAGUGCCUACCGUCUUCCAACCACAAGACAACGACCAUGCGCCCAAGCCGAGUACCAAGGCGGACGACCCAAAGCAUCACACUGAGUCAGCUACACCACAGAUGCUUUCGACCUUAUCGUCGGUGACCGCGCUUCUCACUGGCGCUCUGAGCAGCAUGGGCUCGAGCAAGGCGAAGCACGACGACACAGGCUCUACAGUCUCGCAAACCGAAAUCACAUCUGCUGCACCCAAGAAGAAGAGCAAGAAAAAGAACAAGAAGAAGAAGAAGGCCAAGACCACUACUCCGGUUCUCGAUGAUACCUCCACCGAAACCAUUACCAACGAGACACACGUCGGAUCACCUCGCUCUACCAGAGGGUACACGUUGCGUGAGAGCACCAACAUGCUCGACAGCCGCUUGUCGAGUCUGAACAUCAAAGAAGGAUCGAUUGUUGAGCUUCACGAAAACAAGAUCGGUUACCACACUGGCCAGCAACAAGAGAAUCUUUCCCGCAAGCACGACGAAUUGGUGGAGCAAUCUAGGCGCAAGCUCCAAGAGAUGUUGGAUCAGGAGAAGCUGCUGAAGCAGAAGAAGUGA